GCUCAAGGUGGUGCAAGAUCAACUCAACAAAUCAUUGAGGACUUGGCAUCGGAUAUAUUGUCUAAAUUACCACCGGAAUUCAACUUAGAAGAGAUACAGGUGAAGUAUCCAGUGUUGUAUGAAGAAUCAAUGAAUACAGUACUUGUACAAGAAUUGAUCCGAUUUAACCGACUAACGACAGUUAUACAUAGCAGUCUGUAUGACGUGUUGAAAGCCAUCAAAGGAUUAGUAGUCAUGUCGGCAGAACUAGAAGAUGUCUUUGACAGUAUGAUGGUUGGAAAGGUACCAGCGCUGUGGGCAGCUAAAUCUUACCCUUCACUGAAACCAUUGGGUAGUUAUGUACAUGAUUUAAUACUACGACUACAGUUCCUCAGGGAUUGGAUAACGCAUGGCAUGCCCAACGUGUUUUGGCUAUCAGGAUUUUACUUUACUCAGUCUUUCUUAACCGGCUCUUUACAAAACUAUGCUAGAAGAUACAAGAUACCCAUUGACCAUCUAGGAUUUGAAUUUGAAGUAUUGGAUCAGGAAACCAAAAUGAGUCAAAAACCGAAAGAUGGUGUGUAUGUAAGAGGUUUAUUUAUAGAGGGAGCGAGGUGGUCCCGAGACAGAAAAGUGAUUGGUGAAUCACGUCCUAAGAUACUCUUUGACACCGUUCCGAUUAUCUGGUUCAAACCUGGAGAUAAAGCUAACUUUGUACCACAACCAACAUAUGCAUGUCCAGUAUACAAAUCAAGUUCAAGACGAGGUGUCUUGUCCACCACUGGUCAUUCUACAAAUUUUGUACUGGACAUCCUGUUACCAUCAGACAAGCCAGAAAGUCACUGGAGAAACAGAGGAGUCGCCAUGUUAUGCCAGCUGGAUGAUUAAAUAUCCACCUUGUUCCCUGAUUGGCAUUACCCAGCAUACAGCAUAAGAUCCUCUACAAUGAAGCCACCCAGCUUAUUACCUCAUACCCGAGUACACAAUCACCAUUUACCAUGUUCAAUUUUCAUUCAGCAUUCAUACCAGGCAAGAAUACACAGUAUCACCUUAUGUAAUGCAAUCCUAAUGUAUUGCUGGUCAAUACAGAUUCAUACUCUGUAUUACAAUCCAACUUCAAAAAACACUAAUUACUCUUUAGGUUUAAAAUUAUCAGAUUUUUAAGUGAGAGGAUAAGUUUUGGAUUUUACUAUCUGAAUCACAGAAAAUGGUGAAAUUAAAAUCUAGUGAAUAAUGAUAUAAUAUCAUCCAACCAAACACACAUCAUUAUAAUAUUGAUGAAGGUGGCUAUUUAUGUGCAGUCAUGGUGUGUACUUGGUUGCAUGGCUGUAGUUUUAGUAUAUUAUUAUUUUGCAGUGCAAUCAUUAAAGCAAUAAAGUAUAUACAUAUUAUUCUUUACUAUCUUAUUCCUUACUAUGAGUUAUGUAAGGCUUUACGGAAGCUCUAUUUUAAUUUUAUUUGCACUCAAUUUAAAUUUCACCAGGACCAGGAAUUCAAUUUGAUUUUCACCAACCACCAGGAACUAAAUUUGACUUUGACUUCUUAUCAGGAAUUCAAUUUGACUUUCACCAAUCACUGGAAUUCAAUUUGAUUUUCACCAAUCACCAGCAACUAAAUUUGAUUUUCACCAAUCACUGGAAUUCAAUUUGACUUUCACCAAUCACUGGAAUUCAAUUUGACUUUCACCAAUCACUGGAAUUCAAUUUGAUUUUCACCAAUCACCAGCAACUAAAUUUGAUUUUCACCAAUCACUGGAAUUCAAUUUGACUUUCACCAAUCACUGGAAUUCAAUUUGACUUUCACCAAUCACUGGAAUUCAAUUUGAUUUUCACCAAUCACCAGGAACUAAAUUUGACUUUCACUUAUCAUCAUGAAUUCAAUUUGACUUUAACUUAUCAUCAUGAAUUCAAUUUGACUCUCACCAAUCACUGGAAUUCAAUUUGACUUUCACCAAUCACCAGCAACUAAAUUUGAUUUUCACCAAUCACUGGAAUUCAAUUUGAUUUUAACCAUUCACCAGCAACUAAAUUUGAUUUUCACCAAUCACCAGGAAGAAAUUCAAAUUCAUUAAGAACCAGAUCACCAUCAUCAUAAACUACCCGUAUUUUCAAAUCGAAUGAAAUUCAAUUUUGUCACCAGCAUUUUAACUGUUUUGCCUAUUCACCACUGGCCUGUAAACAUUUCCAUCACACCGCAUAUUGAAGAUAUCAAGUUAAAAUAUCAGUAAAUGCAUUUCACAUUGUAUUGCUUAUAUCAACACACACAAAUUAACUGCACUGUUUCCACACACAGGUAAAUAAGGUUGCUUCAUUCAAGGUGGCAUUGUCAUGUGUUCAAAAAUAUACUCUGAUUUGAAGUGCUGCACAAUGUAACCUGACAAAACUUGUAUGCCCACAGCUCAAUGUUAUGUACAAAAAUGUGUAUAUAUAAAUAUUUACAGCAUUAUGUCUUUAUACUGUACAAUCCCUAGGUAAUUUAAACAGAGUAUUGUCAUUGAAUUUCAGUCGUGCAAAUCAAAGCUUCCAAACUAUAAAAAAUACUGAGUAUAAGAAUAUUAUUAAAGAUACUCCGUCCUUCCGAUACUUGUACUUCGUCAUCUUGAUAAUCUUUUUAUUCAUCAAUUAUAUUUUAUAAAUUUUUAAAUUAUUACCAAUUUAAUUGCUGACCAGAGUUCUGAAUGCACUAUAUCUACAACAUACAUGCUCUCUGUGAAAUCACACAUUCAUGAUCAGUGUUAGUUUGUCCAGGUUUGUCCACAUUAAUUCUUUCGAUAAUUUUGUUUACCGCUACAACUAUCUUAUACACAAGACACAUGCCAUGCUCACUCUAUGGAGAGAACAUUGGAGUAAAACGUUGUUUUUUUUGUACAUAAUCAAGCAUUCAAAUUCCUCUGUUUGGAUAAUAUAGACAUGUGAUCCCAUGCAUAGGUCGCCUUCACCACAGUCUCUCCACAGUGCCUACACCCAGUUAGUGAGGUCAUUGCAUGUACCUGCUUAUCUGCGCUUUAAAGAACACUUUAACUACGGGACUCUGGUUGGUUAUAAUGUCUUUUUUUAUAAUUUGUUGAUUGAUUUGCAUUUUAUUUUAACUGAUCAUGAUAUUGACUGUUUAUUUUUUGUAUAUUUGCUGAGUAAGCCCUGUGCGAUAUUUUUAUCUGCACUUCCAUUGAGUUGUCUAUACCAUAUUGUAAAUUGAGAGAAUUGUAUUAUAAUAAACUGUUUAUAUAUGUUAUUUUGUGAAUAAAAUGAAUUGUAUAUCCAAAUUAA